CAUCGUCCCUAUAAGGCUUCCGUAGAGGUUCACUGUCGCAGCUUGCAAUAACUGCGUCAAAGAACUGCAGAGUGUCCUCCUCGUCCGGGACUGGAGGGACUGCAGUGGCCUUGCUGUCGGCACUUUUCAAGUCGCUCACGCUCUUUGUGUACUGUCUCCUCAAAGCCACGAGCGCCUCCAGGGAAACAAAGCAUCCGCAGUUUCUAUUUCCAGCACAUUUUGCAGUCAGAAGAGUCAAACACCUGGCAGGAUGGGAUAAAGAAGUACUGAGUCAGCCAGUCGUUCUGUGCAGUUGCUGCGACCCUCCUCCACCCCAGCCACCUCCAUUCAGUUAUUCAGCCUCUAGUCCAGAUCCUUACAGGUCUCCUGCUCAUCUUAUCCUGCAUUCCUGGGUUCCAGCUUCUUAGAAGUCUACUCCUCAUCUGAUCCUGCAUCUCUCAACACCACCACCACCAGUAUCUAGACUCCAAAGAGGGCCAUGCUUUGUGAGGGCAGACUGUUGAGCAUGACCUAUGGUGAAUUGGAGCUUGAUCCCUUCCGUCCUCAGCAGACUCUCCAGAGUACUUAUGGGCUGCCGAGAGCAGCUGCUACCCUCAUACCGGGCUCCACCAGGCACACUCCACUCUCUCGUCACGACUCCCCCGAGGAUACAGGUCCUCCAUCAGAGGAGUUGUACAUUUCUCCGCUGCAGUCCUUGGAUAUCCACAGAGCUUGGUCAAGCAGACAGAUCUCCCCAGAGAUUGAAAUCCCAGCUCAGUCUUGCUCAGGCGCCGAUUCCCCUUUUUUGGUUCCCUCUUUCUGUCAAAGCUUCUGCCUGAACUACAGUGACCUUCACAUCGGAGGUGACCAGGUUCUGCCUCUCUCAGCCAAUGAUGGUGAGCUCCGUGUUGGUGCUGACACCCAGGCUGCGGGCCCUUUCCUCCAGUCCUGUGACGUCCUCCCAGCUGUGGAGGAAUCUCCCCCUCAACAGACACCUCAGACUGGACUAAAUUAUCCCCUGAGGAGGGGCUCAAACCGCUGGAGGCAGGGGAGCACACGUGAUCGCAGCUUUUUCCUCCAGGGGCGUGAAGGUCCAUUCUCUAACUCUCUUCUAAACCACUAUCUGGAGCAGAAAAUCCUCGAUCUGUACCAGCAGUACAUGAUGGAGAACAUGGCCAGAGAAAAGCUUUCUGGUUUAGGCCCUGUUUGUCCCCUGCUGGGCUCGGAGCUGGUCCUAACAAGCCUGGAUCAGAUCACAUUGCAGCUGAGUCGAGAGAGGAACCUGGAGGCUAGUCUGGCCAAGGACAUGGUCCUGAGCUGCCUGCUUCGAGUGGCGGGUGACAUGCAAUCAAGCGAGAUCAGCACUCCUUUUCUGCAAAUUUCAAACGAGGCAUCUGGGGAGCAGCUCAAAGAGAAUUAAGAGUAGUAACCCUCGUGUCAACUAAUUCUGCCUCUCAUUUUACUUUCCUUGCUACUAAAUAAGAUGAAACUGAUCACAGUUUAUCCCGUGUAAGAUGUCGAGGAUGAUGUUGAAAGCAAAUUCUGAAAGAUCACAGGUUUUUGCUGUAUUGAUGAAACAUGAAUUUGAUAGUGUUUGUGCACGAUCAUCGCUGUGGAUGUAUGGAUUUCAUAUUCCAAAGUAAAAAUGGAGCUUAUCUUUUUCAUCUUUGCUAUGCAAUAGAUCAUCAACAACAUAACAUUCCUACUUUUGAGUUUUUAGCAUAUUGAUUGAUUUUAAUCACAUUUAAGAUUGAACUAUAUUUCAUUCCAAAAUGGUUUUUAAAACUUCAUAUUGACAUGAAGCAAUUCUUACCAG